AUGUACUACUCGCACAUCUUUACCGCUGCGCUUCUCAGUGCUGGUGUGUUGGCUGAAACUGCCGUCUCACCAACCGUCGUUAUCGAUGCUGGCACAAUUGUCGGUACGAAUGUGUUAUUACCUUCGUCAACGGUUGCCGUGAACAAGUUUCUCGGUAUUCCUUAUGCACAACCCCCUAUCAAUGAGAACCGCUUCCUACCUCCCAAACCUGUAACUCAAUUCACCGAAAGCCCGCUGAUUGCGAAAUCCUGGGGAUACAAAUGCCUAGAGGUCCUUGGCAAUAGCAAUGGGUCCCCCGAAAGCGAAGACUGUCUUUUCUUGAACGUCUAUACCCCGGCCGGAGUGAAGUGCUCAACUGCGGGCCGGCCAGUCCUCGUGUGGAUUCAUGGCGGAUGGUUACGGUCUGGAACAGCGAGUCAAUCAGCUUUCGACGGAUCUGUGUUUGCAGCCGAGCAAGGCGUAGUAGUUGUGACUUUCAACUACCGUCUGAACGUUUUCGGCUUCCCCAACUCGCCCCAACUGUCACUUGAGCAACAGAACCUUGGCUUUCUUGACCAACGUCUUGCUCUCGAAUGGGUGCAGUCUAACAUCCGAGCAUUUGGUGGCGAUCCUUCCAAGGUUACCAUCGCAGGAGAAUCCUCGGGCGGAUCGUCUGUCGACCGUCUCGUCACUACCAUUCAUUCCAAGCCUCCAUUUCGCGCUGCUGCUUGUUCAAGUGGCCAAGCGACAGUCAGCGCGAUCGGACGAGACGCUGGGCCACUCUCAUGGACAGCUCUUGUCUCCCUUCUCGGUUGCAAUGGAAAAGAUGAGAUUGAAUGUGUACGUGGCAUCGACGCUGAGACUAUUCGAGGGUUGGCCGUUGCAAACAAUCUCGACUUCAGUCCUGUGAACGACAAUAUCACACAGAAAGAACUUCCUUAUCUUCCAACCCGAGCAGCAGGUGGUGUUGCGCCUGUUCCGUUGUUGAUUGGCACCACUGGACAAGAGGGCACUUAUCUCGCUCCUAUGUAUAAUUUGAACGUCUCAACAGUCACCGAGGAGAUGUUACCUCAGUUCCUUAGUGGACUGACUGGUGGAGAUAUCGAGCUUGUCGGCGGCAUCAUGCAGGUCAUACAACUUAUACAGAGAUCUACCGGCCUUUCUGUGUUUCAUUCCGCAGCCACCGUUUACACAGAAGUUAUUUAUCAAUGUGUAAGUACUGUAUCUCUCUCAACUGCGAUUGCUACUAGCCUAAUCGAGCUUUUUCCCUUGGCCCGUGCCUCGUCACAGAGCGAAAUUCCAACGUGGAGAUACUUCUACAACGCAUCGUUCCCUAAUCUAGCUGCUGAGGGCUACACAUCUGAAGAGUUAGGGGCAUCUCAUGGUUCAGAUACCUCAAUGAUUUUGGGGACGUAUCCCAGAGAGGGUGCCACAACCUGGCAGGUCGAGCUUAGCCGACAAGUGCAGAGACUGUGGGGAAAUUUUGUUAAAGACCCUUCUGGGGCGGGCCCUGGUUGGAACAGGGUGGACGCUGGUGGCAACAACAUUGCAUGCGUUGGUUGUGCCGCGGGCGAAAAACCCAUCAUUUUGGAGUCUGCUACCAUUGACAGCCGUUGCGCGAUUUACGAGCCCUUCUUUGGUCGGGUUAAAACUCCAUUCGUAUAG